AUGACCAACACUGCCGAUUCUGCCGCCGCUCUUGAAGCGGCUGAAGAUACACCACUCCUCCAUCAUCAGCACCUCAACCGCUACGGAUCAGCCAAGCAUGGGCAAACAGCAGAGCACGCGCGGCUCUCCCAGCUCAUUGUGCUGUGUUACGCACGACUAAUGGAGCCCAUCGCAUUCUUCUGCAUUUUCCCCUACAUGGCAGAGAUGGUGCAACGCAAUGGCGACCUGGCAGACGCUGACAUUGGCUUCUAUAGCGGAUUGCUAGAGUCGGCCUUUUCAAUCACCCAAGUCAUUUUCUUGAUGGCAUGGGGCAGUCUUGCCGACAGAAUUGGUCGCAAACCGGUUCUCAUAGCGAGCCUUGUAGGCAUGGCUGUUGGCCAGGUUCUGUUCGGAAUGUCUACUACACUGUGGCAAAUGGCUCUCUUUCGAGGUCUGACCGGUGUCUUCUCCAGCGCUAAUCUUGUCAUUCGUACUAUGGUUGGUGAAAACAGCACAGCGAAGACCCGGGCGCGAGCAUACAGCUGGUACUCUACGAGUGGCAACAUCGCCGUCUUUCUCGGCCCGCUUCUUGGUGGUUUGCUCGUUGACCCAGCAAAGCAGUACCCGGGCGUAUUCUCGGGUAUUCCAUUCGUGGAGAAGUAUCCCUACGCCUUAUCUGGGCUACUCGUCGGCUCACUGGGAAUAACUGCCGCCGUCGCAUCUGCCAUCUUCCUGCAAGAGACUUUGCACUCUGCUCUUUCUGAUCAAGGCGAGGAAGAGAAUUACUGCGAAGACAAGCCGACAACAUUCCAGAUUCUGACAUGCGCAAACAUCCCACGCGCCAUGUUCAUCUUUGGCCAAGUUAUGCUUCUUGCAUUCUCUUGCACUGCCAUAUUUCCUGUUGUCCUGUACACAAAGGUCAGCAUUGGAGGAUUUGGCUUCUCCACGGCCCAGUCCACCAUGUACGUUGCGAUGCAAGGACUCAGUGAGACAACAUGGCUCUUGCUUGUGUUCCCUUUGCUUCACGCCCGAGUCGGCUCCAUGGGAGUUGUUCGCCUGUGCUCUGUGGCCUUUCCUUGUGUGUUCGCUGCCCAUAUAUUGAUGAACGCGCUCCUCCGCGACGGAAGCGACGCGGCCUCUGCCCUGUCGUCUAUUCUAGUCUGGGUUCUGAAGCUUUGUGUCCCAGGAGUGUGGAUGGCGUUUACAGCAGUGCAGUUGCAACUCAACGAAGUGAGUCCUGGACCUUAUGCCCUGGGCAAGAUCAAUUCCAUUGCAGAGAUGCUUGCUAGCUUGGUGAGAUCUAUAGUGCCGCCCAUCAUUAGCUCAAUUUUUGCUAUUGGAGUGAGGGACCAAAUUUGUUCCGGGUAUUUCGCCUGGAUUGUUCUUACGGUACUUUCACUUCCCCUUCUAGGGAUUGUUGCCUGUCGUCCAUCAUGA